UUUAAACAUAAAAAAACUAAAUAGACAUGCGACAGUUGGAGGCGCAGCGACGUCAAUGUCAGCGUUAACAGGGCUACACGCUUCGGUAGCAGCGGUUAGACGGCUGUGGUAGCAACGCGACAAGCACCAAUGAGUGGAUUUUAGUAUCAGUUGUGUGUUUGGAUUGCUUGCGUACGCGUAGGCUUGUCUCUCGGCACAAACGGUGCGUCGGUAUCUAUUUAAUUUAUUCACCAGCAAAGUGCUGCGAUUGGAAAACGUGGGUGUCCAUAAACAAGCGUUGCUGGCAACGAAAUACACACAAACUUAGACUUGUGUAGAACACAAAUAGCAUAUGCAACAGUAGCAUAUGGCAACACUGAUAUGAUUUGUUGCGCUUGAGAUAUGUUUUAAAUAAAUGAAGCAAAACGAUUAAGACAAAAAUUUCAACUACAAAGCUUGUAAAUACAAUAAAGCUGAGAAACGAACAGUUUGUAAUAUAAAAUAUAUUAUACAAGACCGCCGCAAACCGCCGAAACAACAAGUUAACAAGACAACAACAAAGAAUAAAAUAGAAAUCUCUACUAUUAUCAAACAACAAUAACAAAUCGAGCUACAUAUGUAUAUACAAAGCAUAAGCGAGUAACAAAAAUUGUCCAGUCAAAUCUUAUUCGAAUUGUUACCGUUGCCAAAGCCUAGCUAAUAAACUAAUUUACCAAAUACAAAAAGACGAACCAACUGUAGCCAAUAAACGCAUGGGAAUUAUAACACCAACAACUAAAAAAGCCAUGGAAAUGAACAUGCAGACGCAGAAGAGUAAACAAUCGAAUUGAAUUUAAUGGAAUUAUCACCAGUGACUAUGCGUUUACAUAGAAGCCAAAGCGUUUUCCUCUUAUUUUCCGCUUUGCCACACAAAACUAUUUACAUCACAUUUUAACUUGAUUACGAAGUACAACUAUUGCAAAAAUUCGCCAACGCCAUAAGCUUGCGAAAAAAGGAAUCGAUUUUGAAUUCAGUAAAAUAAAAAAAUAGAAACGCGUUCUUUUGUAAGUCUCUACAAACGCUAUCACAAUCGUCAUAUAUCUUGUCUAUCGCCACUGCACGCAUCUCACAACAUUCGUUGGUUCAUUUCGCAUUUUAUCUGUACGAAAGUGAAAGGAAAUACACGAUAGAAAAACGAAUUGAGCAAGAAAGUGCAUAAAAAACACCAACAAUAAUUCAAAAUGACUUCGCCACCGGAAAGCCCCAUAGAGGAGGUUGUCUUCGAAUUGGAACACACUCGAGUGCCUAAGCCGAUUAAUGUAACAAUUGAAGAUUUGUAUCGAGAGACUAAAUUCUCAAAACAAGAAAUACGAAUAAUGUAUCGAGGAUUUAAAACGGAGUGUCCCGAAGGUGUUGUGCAUGAAGAAUGUUUCAAGGAGAUUUACGCAAAGUUCUUUCCACAUGGCAAUUCCAGUCUAUAUGCACACCAUGUGUUCAGGACUUUCGAUAUAAACAGUGCUGGUUCCGUGAACUUUCGGGAAUUUCUCAAUAUCCUUUCAACGCUAUUGCGCGGCACAGUGUACGAUAAAGUCAAGUGGACCUUCAAAUUGUACGAUGUAAAUGGUGAUGGUCGGAUAACACGUGGCGAAAUGGGUGAUUUAUUCCAAUCAAUACACGAGUUAAUGGGUCGACGGCCGCAUCAGCCAGAGGAAGACCGAAAAGCCAAAGAACAGUUGGAACGCACCUUCCGCUCAUUCGAUCCGCAUAAUGUCGGUUAUAUUAAUUUCGAGAUGUGGAUGAAGGGUCUGCUCACCAACCGAACCAUUGUGAACUCAUUCCAUGUAUUUCACUCGGAUCCCUGAUGGUCGGAGAGUGACUUCGAAAGCAUUUUGAAUAAUCAAGAAGUUAUAUCGCUGAUAGAUCUUUGAGAAAGCAAGAACAAUAAUGGCAAGAGCACACAUAAAGCCAGCACAAGUCCACAGACGAGUAAAUCGUUAGACAAAAAUAAGAAAACGAGCAGAAGUAGUCAAGUCGUUGAAAAUAAAAUGAGUUUUAGCGAAAAGAAAGCUGAUGAAAAGGUGUAAAAUCAGGUGUAUUUGUAUGUACAUAAAGUAUUUAACAGUUAGUAUGCUUCAGAUUGCAAAUUCGUGGUACUGAACGGGUAAUUGCUGCACUUACAGUUGGCUGUUGCAAUAGUUUGAUUAAUGAAUGUUAAUAUUGAAGUAAUACUAAAAGAAGUGUCAUAUAACUGAGACAUAAACAAACUGAAAAUAGCCUUAGAAUAUUUCAUGGAGCUAUUUAAUGCUCCAAUUAGUCAUAUUACAUACAAAACAGGUAAGAGUUAUUCAAAUAUGUAAAAUAAAUCAAGCACAGUAUUGCUAGAAUUGACAUUUGACACUGUCAGGCGUUUAAUUUGUUGAUGUUUUAUUUAUUUUAUUGAACUUUAGAAAUUUUAAGAAUUAUAUUUAAAAUAUUUAAAUUUAUAGUUUAACUAUUGAUUUCAAAUAAUAUAUGUAAAGAAUUAAGUAUUUGUGUAAACUGCGUUCCAUAAUGUACGGAUUUCAAUGUGUCAAAUUUAACGACGAAAAAAUCAGUUAAAAUGACAAAAGUAAAAUUACGUUAUAUAUGCCUUUCAACUACAGUAAAAUGGCCAUUUAUAUUUGAAUUGGGUUGCAAUUUAAGUUGUCAAGUUAGCUAGUAAAUUUAUGUCAUUAUAAUACUAUGUUCGGACCGACAUUGAAAACAUGUUUUCAUAGAAAAAAUGGGUUUUCGUACGAAAACUUGUGUUUUCAUCCAUGCAAAAUCUGUCAAACGAAAUCACAGUUUUCGCUGAAAACUACUUGAAAACUUACAUUCCACUCAUUAUAAUCGGUGCCUGCUCUAGUUUAGUCGAUAUUAUUGGAAGACAUAUUUUGCCAGCUCUAAAUUGUCAUUUGAUAUUGUAAGCAAAUUCCACUACUUUGUCAAAAUAAUGGAGAAACAGAAAUACAAAUAAGAAAUGAAGGGCUAAGUUCGGGUGCAACCGAACAUGUUAUACUCUCGCAAUUUAUUGAUAUAUUUUUAUUAAGAUAACACACAAUUUGAACCAAUUUUAAAAUCCUAUAAUUAGGUAUAUGAGAGCUAGGGGAAGUUAUAACCCGAUUUUAACCAUUUCUGGUACUGAGACACACUAUUAGAAGAAAAAUAUUUCCUCUGAAUUAAAUUGAGAUAUCUGAGAGAUUUACCCAUAUUUUCGGUGAAAAAUUACCAUGGGGCACUGAAUUCCUCAUAUUCGAUAUUCGGGGCAUUGAAAAGCUACAGUCCGAUUUCGAAAAUAUUUUCAUAAGUGAAGCCACAUAUGAUAUACAGUAUUUGUGUAAAGUUUUAUUUCGCAAUCUUCAUUGGUUCCUUAUGUAUAUAUUAUAAAGUGAAGGAAUAAGAUGGAGUUCAAAAUUGAGUUACAUGGGAAGUGAACCGAUUUCAUCAAUUUUUCACACGUGUCAUCAGGGUGUCAAGAAAAUAUUAUAUACCAAAUUUCAUUCGAAUCAGUUCCUGAGAUAUGGUUUUUGACCCAUAAGUGGGCGAUGCCACGCCCAUUUUCCAUUUUGUAAAAAAAUGUGAGUGCAGCUUCCUUCUGCAAUUUCUUCUGUAAAAUUUAGCAUUUCUGACGUUUUUCGUUAGUGAGUUAACCCACUUUUAGUAAUUUUCAACCUAACCUUUGUAUGGGAGGAGGACGUGGUUAUUAUCCGAUUUUAACUAAUUUCAUGGUGUGUGGUGAGGUGCCUAAGUUUGGUUUAUGUAGCUUUUUUGGUUUGCGAGAUAUAUACAAAUAACCGAAUAGGGGCGGGGCCACGCCCACUACCACAAAAAAAUUACAUCCAAAUAUGCCCCUUCCUAGUGCGAUCAUUUAUUCCAAAUUUUUCUUUUAUAACUUUAUUUAUGGCUUAGUUAUGACACUUUAUGUGUUUUCGUUUGUCGCCAUUUUGUGGGCGUUUCAGUGGUCCGAUUUUGCCCAUUCGAAAGCAACACUCUCACGGUCCCAAGGAACAUGUGUUCCAAGUUUCAUCAAGAUAUCUCAAUUUUUACUCAAGUUAUCCGUUGCACGGACGGACGGACAGACAGACAUUCGGAUUUUGACUCGUCUCGUCACCCUGAUCAUUUGAUAUAUAUAACCCUAUAUCUAACUCGUUUAGUUUUAUGACUUACAAACAACCGUUAUGUAACAAAACUAUAAUACUCUCUUAGCAACUUUUGUUGCGAGAGUAUAAUAAGAAAGGAAGGGCUAAGUUCGCGUGUGACCGAACAUUUUAUACUCUCGUAAUUUAUUUGUUUAAAGUUAUUAAGCGCGUUUUCUUUUCUUUUCUCGAAUAGUGACUUUUUAUAUUUCAACAUUAUACACAUGCUGCAUUACCUUUUCGAAUGUGCUCCAUUUUUACAUGAUUAAAGAACAAAAAAAAUGUCACCCUAUUAUGCUGGUCAUCUCUCACUGACAAUUUGAUAACUAGAGUACAGGGCAGAAUAAAUUAAAAAAAUUUUUGAGAAAAAAAGCGCUUUAAAAUUACAUUCAACUCGACUCAUGUAUUGGGCACAAAGUCCACUAGAAAACAAAAAUCAUUAUAUGAAAGAUGGUGUAAUUCCUGAAGUUUCAUUAAUAUAUCAGAAGUUUUACUCAAGUAAUCGCUUGUACGAACAGACGGAUUUUAACUCGUCUCGUCAUCCUGAACAUUUUGAUAAUUAUAACCCUAUAUCGUUUAGUUUUAUGACUUACAAACAACAUGAGAACAAAACUUUGAUACUUUCUUAGCAACACGUUGCGGGAGUAUAAAAAUGCUCAAAUGUAAACAAACAAAUAAAUUUGUGAAUUGUCAAUGAAAACGCAUCGAAAACACAAAAUGUCAGACACAACGACACAAUCUAAAAAUUAAUCCACAAAUUGUGUUUUCAAGAUGUUUUCAAUGUCGGUCCGAACGUAGUAUUAGCUAUAAGAGUUAACUGACAACUGUCGUCGUUAAUGUCAGUUAAUUUGACAUAAUGAAACCACAAUUUAUAGUUUUCAAUUUAUGAGUUUUUCU